AGAUUUACAACUAGAAUGUGAGUACCUGUGGAAUCGACGCCGGAAAUGACCGCCAGUGAGGCCGUUUACGGCGUCAUUUCCACUCGGCGUUUCAGCGACCUGUUGCUGCUUUAACAAUUCACACACGUGAUCUGGCCACUAUUCUGCACCCGCCAAGCCCAUUUCAUAGCACCACCACCCAUGCUGUUGGUUUACCCUGCGAACCUCUUCGACUCAUCAUCGAAUCGCCGCCGAAAAUGGCUUCCCUUGCUGCCAAAUACAGCUGCUCUCUGAUUCCUACGGGCUUCCCCGGACGACCGUAUAAAAUGUCACUUUUUCUCUUCCCUUGGUCUCCUUUUUCUGGCCAUUUCUCCACCUCUCAUCACACGUUGACAAACUCUCCUUCCCAACCCAGCGUCAACUGUUGCGAGCACUGCCUUCAAAACUCCCUUUUUCUUUAUUCAUAUUAUAUAUGUUUGUCUCAAUGACGCCGCCUCCUCUUCCUGCGAACCCCGAUGAGCACCAGUACUGGACCGAUCCUAUCCUGUGCGAGGAGACUCGGACCAGACUUGAGCAUUUCCGAAAUCUGGGAUGGCUUCCUCCUAACUACAAGCCCAAGACACUUGAGGGUCUUGCAGUUGUUGAACGGUACUGGCGAAGGCACGUCAUCCCUUCACUCUCACAGUAGACUGGAGGGUAGGGACAGACUAGGGAGUAGGGACGAACCGGUGAGUAGGAAUGGACUCUGACGCAAUUACCAGAAGCCAAAUACCAUCAAACGACUCUUAUUGUCUACAUGUUUAAACAGACUUACGCCCUAGUAUACAUUGAGACUUUGUUCUAGGAGUAGGCUUAAUUGACUGUAUGACUAUCAGUUCCUGAUUUACAACAAAUUCAAAGUUCGAUUCAGAUUGCACGUGAAGACAUCUCUUAGUUGGCCUGAAGGUGGCUUAUUGAAGUGGAUAAGCCUUAACCAUAGCUAGAUUCUCUCAGUCUCAACCAUCAAUUCAAUCUUCGGCA